AUGGCAUCGAUGGAGCAAAAUGGGGGUCUACAAAUGGGUGACUACGAGGGAGACAAAUUUAGGCUACACAUGGUAACAUGGAAUGUAGCCACAGCUGACCCCCCAGCUGACAUGAGCUCACUUCUCCAUUUGGAUUCUCCAAAGGCUGCAGACUUCUAUGUCAUUGGCCUGCAGGAGGUGUAUUCUGGACCUCUGAGAUUCAUGUCGGAUGUUGUAUUCGAUGACCCUUGGAGCUAUGUGCUUAUGAGCGCUUUAGCACCAAGACGAUAUGUGAAGGUGACCUCUAUCAGAAUGCAAGGUCUGUUGCUGCUACUCUUCUCCAAACUGGAGCAUGUUCCAUUCAUUCGCGAUAUCAAGGCCACAUAUACACGCACAGGCAUCUUUGGCUAUUGGGGUAACAAAGGUGGCGUGUCCAUUCGUCUGUCUCUCUAUGGUCACAUGCUCUGUUUCCUCAACUGUCACCUGGCGGCACAUAUGAAAAAUGCAGCCGAUCGAGUGGUCGAGUUCCAGCAUAUUACUGACACGCAGUCUUUCAACUGUGAAAAGGCUGAGAGAAUACUUGAUCACAGGCUAGUCUUCUGGUUUGGUGAUCUCAACUUUCGAAUUCAGGACCAUGGGAUGCACUUUGUCCGAACAUGUAUCAGCAAUCAAAACUACAGCUUGCUGUGGAGUAAAGACCAGCUGAUUUUGAUGAAGCAAAAAGAGAAGUUGCUACAAGAGUUUGAGGAAGGACCCCUCGACUUUCAGCCCACGUACAAGUUUGACGUGAACACCGAUACAUAUGACAGCAGGCUCUACAGGACAUGGUUUGCCUUUAACACUAAGAAGCGCAAACCUGCCUGGACAGACAGAAUUCUGUGGCGCCUCAGACCAAAGCAGACUGGCGGGCAACACAAAUACGGUGACGGACCGGACAUAAAAGACACCAAGCAGCUAGAAGACUACCCUUUAGAGAUCAGACAGGACUUGUACACAAGCAACAUGGAGUACAGCAUCAGUGACCACAAACCUGUGACCGGUAUCUUCACAAUAAAGCUAAAGAAGAUGUACACGACACCACUGGUGCACCUCCAGGCUGAAGGCGAAUGGAGUGCAGACAUGGACGCCAUGCUGCUUUACAGCCCACUGCAGCCGUUCCCUUCCAGUACUUGGGACUGGAUUGGAUUGUAUCAGGUUGGAUUUACUAGCGUGUCAGACUACAUCACGUACACGUGGGUCAAAGACGAUGAAGUGUCUUUCAAUGAAGACGCCAUUAAGGUGUACGUGAGUAAAGAGGAGAUCCCAGUACGAGGCGGAGAUUGCAUGCUGGGCUACUACUGUAAUUCCCUGCAAUGCAUUAUUGGAAUCAGUGAACCAUUCAAGGUCCAUGAGUCCAAGGUGGUCAUUGAAGAGGGUUUACUGCAUGAGAAGACCAUCAGUUUGGAUCAAAUUGUAGCAAACAAGAACAUUUAUAACUGA